CUGCAACGCAUCCGCCACCACCCUUCUCCCUCUAUCCUCCAUCCCCCUUCUCCCUCUAUCCUCCACCCCACUUUCUCGCCCACCAAAAUCCUAACCCUAAUUAAGUCCCUAACCCAAGUUUCCGCCAUUAAUGAGUUGCUUCGUCCUCCCAAUCCCCCAUCUUCCUCAAAUUCGAGGGAGGAUUUUGAUCUCCCUCCUUCCGAGCUCCACUCUCUCUUCUCUUCUCUCCUCGUUUGCGCACAUCCCUCGCUCCCAGAUCAUUCGUGUCUUCUGAGAUCACUCCAAUGCUCUCUCCAUUGUUUCGUUUUACUAAGCGACGGCUUGAUCUCCGCCUCAUCCCGCCGUUUCCACCAUGAAGAGAGCUGUAGCUGCAUAGAUUGGAUACUAGGACACCAGAGUUGUAUUCGCUUGAUUCGAGAGCUAACGGAAGAGUUUAGGAGAAUCGAUACGGAGCUACUGAAGUAGUUUCUGAUGGCAAGGAUUGUUGCUAUUGGAACAAUCAGAAAAGUGCGUUAUUCUUUUGCAGCAAAUCCGAGUUUGAGCUUUUCCAAAUUAAAGAAUCCAUUAUUUUCUCCCCAAGCUUUGUUCUUUUCCCAGAAAACCUUUUCAUGGUACAAUCUGUUCAUUGGGCACAAUUUUUUGCCUGCAAUGCAUAGAGCUAAGGUAGAUUCACUUGUGAGUAACUCCAUUAGAAGGUUCUUUGGACAUUCAACAAGCAAUUCAGUGGCAAAUAAUAUGAAAGUUUAUUGGAGAAGAUUACCUUUGAUUUUUUCUUAUCGAGAGUCCACCUCUCUGGUGCACAGUAAAAUUGCAUGUUUCACGAGCUUGACUCUUACUAGAUUCUAUGUGGUUCCAAGACUUCUCUUGUUUAUUACUGGAGAAAUUGUGUUGUCUGGGGAGACUUGGGCGGAUGGUGAUUAUUUCACAACAAGAAACGCACUGUACAGACUAGCAGAGGGCAGUCGUUUUCAUCUAAGUUAUUUUAGAUUUGCACUUUUGGAGUUCUUUAUUUUGAUUCUAAGAGCAGUCUAUUUAGCAGUAUUGUUCUUCCCCGCCAUCAUAAUGGCACCAUUUGCAGACACUCUAGGCAAUCGCUUGAGGAAAAAAUGGCUUCACAUCGUACGCCUUACAUUAGAGAAAGCAGGUCCUGCAUUUAUCAAAUGGGGUCAGUGGGCCGCUACACGCCCGGACCUCUUCGCUGGUGAUCUUUGCGCUGAGCUGGCAAAGCUUCAUACCAGAGCGCCUGCACAUAGCUUUGCUUACACUAGAGAAUCUAUUGAGAAAGCAUUUAAUCAAAAGCUUUCCGAUAUUUUUGAGCGCUUUGAAGAGGAACCUCUCGCAUCGGGAAGCAUUGCUCAAGUAUAUCGAGCCACUCUAAGAAUCCAAUUUCCUGGCAAGAAAGUGAAGUAUGUUGUUGUUGCAGUAAAGGUUAGGCAUCCUGGUGUCAGCGAGUUAAUUAGGAGGGAUUUUGUGCUAAUUAACGUUGUUACCAAAAUUUCUCAAUGUAUUCCUGCAUUAAGGUCAUUGCGUUUGGAUGAAAGUGUGCAACAAUUUGCUGUUUUUAUGAUGUCUCAAGUUGAUCUUUCUCGAGAAGCUGCCCAUUUGAGCCGUUUCAACUACAACUUUCGCAAUCGGAGGGAUGCAUCUUUCCCUAAGCCUAUCUAUCCCUUUGUGCAUCCUGCUGUUCUGGUGGAGACAUAUGAACAUGGGAAAAACAUCUCUUACUAUGUCGAUGAACUUGAAGGAAAUCAACGACUUAAAAGUGCUCUUGCUCAUAUUGGAACCUGCGCAUUCCUAAAGAUGCUCCUGGUAGACAAUUUUAUCCAUGCAGAUAUGCAUCCCGGCAAUAUACUUGUUCGGAUGUCUCGAUCCAGGCAUCCAAGUAAAGGACUCUUUAAGCCGAGGCCUCAUCUUGUUUUCCUUGAUGUGGGCUUGAUUGCUGAACUCUCCAGCAGUGAUCGUAUAAACUUGCUGGAAUUCUUCAAGGCAGUAGCCCUCCGAGAUGGUCGUACAGCUGCCAUUUGCACCCUGAGGUUUUCAAAACGGCAAAAAUGCCCUAAUCCAGAUAACUUUAUUGAGGAGGUAGAGGAGUCCUUCAAAUUUUGGGUCUCUCCCGAAGGCGGUGCCUUCCACCCUGCUCAGUGUAUGCAGCAUUUGCUUGCGCAAGUUCGACGCCAUAGGGUCAAUAUCGACGGCAAUGUUUGCACUGUGAUAGUGACAAUGCUCGUUCUUGAGGGGUGGCAACGUAAGCUGGAUCCUGACUACGAGGUUAUGAAGACGCUACAAGCCCUGCUACUACGAUCGGACUGGGCGAAAUCUCUUCAAUCGACAAUUGAAGGACUUAUGGGCCCUUAAAAUCAUGCAUUAAUUCUCCCACAAUAAAACAUUGAAACAAAAUAAACCAAAUGUUUAAUACGGUGUACAAUAUAUCAUUUUUUGUGUUUUUUUUUUUUCAUUAUUACUUGAUUGACGCGGUGCAAACUGUGUAGAAGAGAUGUUUAUAAAGAAAAUAGAUUGGGAGAAAAUUAAACGGGACAGCGGAGGGGAAACGUUAAGGUAUCCAAGGUGAAUGGUUGCAUUUACUGAGUGCUAUUUGAAGGGGCUAGAAGACGAGUUUAUUUAUGUGGCAAAAACGAAAUGUCAUGUGAUUUUUCAACUUCUUUUGUACUGUUUGCUUUUACAAAUGGUAAUUUAUUGCCACGUGAAA